AAAAAAAAAAAGUAAUAUUUGACAAAUUAUUUUUUAAUAAUUUAAAAUUAUUAAUUUUCCUUUUGCUAACAAUUAAAAAUUCUUAAUUUUUCAUUGCAAAGAAAAUAAUUUUUGAUGUAUUGACCAAAUUACGCAUGAUUGACCAAAGCAUGAUUGACCAAAGUUCUUUCUACAUACAUGUUUGGAGAGAGAGAGAGAGAGAGAGAGAGAGAGAGAGAGAGAGAGAGAGAGAUGGAUUGCAGAUCAGAAAUAGGGAAACCGGUAAUCUUACUGGUAUGUGGUUCUUUGGUUUAUUACCACUGUGCCUAUAAGGAUAAAAGCCUUCUUACUCUUUUCUCCGAUGUCAUCAUCGUCCUCCUCUGCUCUCUCGCCAUUCUUGGCUUCCUUUUCCGCCAAAUCAACAUCUCGGUACCCGUGGAUCCACUGGAGUGGCAGAUUUCUCAGGACACUGCCAAUACCGUUGUGGCGUGUUUAGCUAAUACCGUUGGUGCAGCAGAGUCUGUGCUGAGGGUUGCGGCUACUGGCCAUGACAAGAGACUUUUUCUUAAGGUCGUCUUAUGUCUUUAUGUUUUGUCAGCUUUUGGACGAGUGGUUUCUGGUGUUACAGUUGCUUAUGCUGGUUUAUGUUUGUUCUGUCUUUACAUGUUGGCUGAGAACUCUCAGUCAGUCAGCAUGCCUCUGUCUCGGUUCCGAAGAAGAAGUAACGGUGCUGGUACAGAGAAUGCUGUAGAAGAAGAAGAGGAAAUGUAAUUUACUUUCACAAUUUUUCCAACUCUGUAGAGUACUAUUUUCUUGACCCUAUAUUUGUUGUUGUAUCCACCAUUUCAACACCAAAAGGAUGAGUAUUACAUAUAUAUAGUUAAAUGAUUUGUAAAUAUUUUGGUAUGCCCCUUUUAGGAUCUAAAACACGAUACAACUGUAUUCAUGGAGAAAUCCAUCAAGCUAAUUGAGUAUUCAGGUUUUAUAUGCGUUUGAUUUCUCAUGGUGAAAA